AUGGAUAUGCAACGUCGGGGCAAGGCACUUAUCCGAUCUUGGAAGUGGAUGAAACAACUUAUGAUGAGCAGGUUCUUGCCACCUGAUUAUGAACAGUUCACAUUUCAAAGUUUACAGAAUUGUGUGCAGGGAAACAGAUCAGUUGUAGACUAUACUGAGGAAUGGUCCAGACUUUCUGUUCGGAAUAAUCUAAGCGAGUCAGAGGUGAAACAGGUUUCCAGGUAUUUGGGAGGAUUAAAGCCAUCCAUUCGAGAUAAGAUUGGACUGUAUGUGGUGUGGACGGUAGAUGAGGCGCAUAACCUGGCACUAAAAGUAGAAUUGAUGGAGAAAACGUUCGCUCGUUCUUCCAACUAUAAGAAGGACAUGUGUGAGUCAUCUUACACAAUGGCGAAUAGAGGUAGAUUCACUCCUGGUGAAGUCCAUACUCCUUCUAAGUCUGUUGCUGAUCAGGCCCAAAGAAGUGUUAUCCCCAAUAAUAACCACGCUGGGACUCGCCCAGCAACAUUAGCAAAGGAAGCCCCGCGAGCGCCAAAUUCAUAUACUAAACCUGCUGGUUUUAAGUGCUACAGAUGUGGCCAACUGGGUCAUCGCUCGAAUGAAUGUCCAGCCAAGAGGUCAGUGAAUUUUGUGGAUGCUGGAGAGGAUGGUGAAGAGGAGCAGUAUGUGGAGGAAGGGGCUAAAGUGGAGGAACUAUUGGAUGGAGCAAAAAUUGUAGAAGAGCAAGGAGAGUUUGUAAACUGUGUGGUUAAGCAUGUCAUGUGCUCAACAAAGGUGGAGGAGUCCUUGCAGAGAAAUAAUAUUUUUAAGGUUGAGAAGCAUCUGAAACCUUAUGUGAUUGGGUGGAUUCAGAAGGGGCCUAAGGUGAGUGUGACAGAAGUUUGUAAAGUCCCUAUCUCAAUUGGCCAGCACUACCAAGAUGAAGUGGUUUGCGAUGUCGUAGACACGGAUGCUAGCCAUGUGUUGUUGGGGCAUCCUUGGCAGUUUAAGGUGGAUGUGGCCUAUAGGGAGCAUGAUAAUGUGUAUGUUUUCAAUUGGAAGGGUAAAAAAAUUGCCAUGGUCCCAAAACGAAACCCAACUGUCCCUACUAUGGUUACCAAAGAAGGUCAACCUCUACUUUCUUUAGUAACUUCAGUAGCUGAUUUCGAGUCAGAGGUGAAGGAAGCACAGGAGGUCCAUGUGGUGGUAGUACGAGCCCUCAUGAUAGAGGAGAAAAAUCAAUCUGAGGUGGUGAUACCAGGAGCGGUGCAGUCCCUUUUGGAUGAGUUCAGCGAGCUGGUAUCUGAUGAGUUACCAGAUGACCUCCCACCUUUGAGAGACAUUCAGCACAGUAUUGACCUGGUGCCUGGAGCAAGUUUGCCGAAUAUGCCUCAUUAUCGGAUGAGUUCGAAGGAAAAUCAGAUCUUGCAGGAGAAGGUAGAGGAGUUACUGAAGAAGGGGUUUAUUCGUGAGAGCAUGAACCCUUGCGCUGUGCCUACCUUAUUGGUCCCAAAGAAAGCGGCAGUUGGAGGAUGUACGUUGAUAGUCGCGCUAUUAAUAAAAUCACUGUUCGAUAUAGCUUCCCAAUUCUGA